ACACCAUCUCCCUCUCAACGCGAUAGAUAUCAUCUCUUGACUCAGAUUAAUCUUGGGUUAUCUUAGAUUUACUACAAGCCUGCAAUGAGAUAUGGAGAAUGCGCCAUCUUGUGUUGACACUUGCAAGUUUAUGAGACUUGUCUGUUGGUGAAGAGGAUUUUUCAUGCGCUUUGUUAUGAUUGUUUUCUAACCAUUGAAUGCAUUCAAAUGAUUUUUUUUUAAUAGAACUUCGAGUUAUUAUUGAUGUAAUGAGUUGUUGGCGAAGUAUAAUUGAAUUACGGAUUCGUUCAGAAUAGCGGGACCAUGGGUUUGAGGUUGACAAACUCAAUGUUGAACUUAACAUUAAACGGUUUGACGAAGUUUACAAGGGAUUGUUCUCGUAAUGGAAUUCAUGCGGUAUGUGCUAGAAGGGAUAGUGAUUUAGGAUUGAAAUUAUCGAGAGUGUCAUUGUACUCCAGCGAGAGCCCGAAAAAAUGCUGGCAGUGUGAUUUUCCUUACAAGUCUGACUUAUUCUGCCAGAAGUGUAAAACACUCCAAGAGCCACCAGAGUCUCUCGACUAUUUCGAUAUUCUUGGGGUCAAGAAGAAUUACGAUGUACAGGAUAAAGAGAUGCGGAAAAAGUACAGGGCAUUGCAGAAUUUGCUGCAUCCUGAUAGGUUUGGGAAUAAAACUGAGAGAGAAAAACAAUAUUCUGAAAACUUGUCGUCCUUACUGAACAAGGCUUACGCAACGUUGACAAAUCCACUUGAUAGAGGAAUCUAUUUAUUGAAAUUGAAGAAUCUUACGAUUCCUGAAGGAACAACUAGUUUAGACCCAAUGUUUCUCAUGGAGAUUAUGGAGAGAAACGAAGAAGUUCAAGACGCCGCGAAUAAUAAAGAUAAAAUAAAAAAAUUAGUCGUGAAAAAUCACACGAUAUUAGAAGAAUUAUCCAGAAAAGCGUCAGAGGCCUUCCACAAUAAUGAACUCGAAGAAGCAAAAAAAAUUCUAGUGAAGAUGAAAUAUUACGCGAGUUUAGACGAGAGACUGAAGAAAAUCAAACAGGAUUUGGGGAUUGUAGACUAGAUCAAACAAGGAAUCUCUUUUGGGAAUGAAUUAGCACUGUAAAUAAAUAAAUACUUUAGAGAACUUUAUUCAUA